UUUUUCUUAACUCUCAUGGGCAUCCCCGCCAUUUUUAGCCUAUAUAAGCACACAGAAGUUGAAAGCGAAAUUAAUGGCGGCCAUGGGUGUGGGAGAAAUUGCAAGAAGGUGGAGAUUGUUGCAGGGGAGCAACAACUGGGCAGGGCUGUUAGAUCCUCUUGAUUUGGACCUGCGCAAGAACAUACUCCUCUACGGAGACCAUGCGCAGGCGACAUACGAUACAUUCAACAGUGAACGCAGAUCAAAAUACGCGGGCAGCAGCAGAUAUGGCAAGCGGGAUUUCUUCAACAGAGUGGGCUUAACAAACAAUGGAUAUCAAAUCUCCAGAUUUUUAUACGCCACGUCAAAAAUAACAGUCCCAGAGGCCUUUCUGAUAAGGUCGUUGUCUCGGGAAGCAUGGAGCUCUGAGUCGAAUUGGAUGGGCUACGUGGCCGUCACUUCACAGGGCGGUCCCAUGUCGAAAUACGGUCGUCGAGAUAUCACCAUUUCAUGGAGGGGAAGUGUGCAGACAUUGGAGUGGAUUGAGGAUUUUAACCCCCAGCAGGUUCCGAUUUCGAGUCUCCUCCCGGUCGGAGGAAGUAGUUUUCUGGAUGAGAGCGUUGAUAAGGCUGUGAGAGGCGGAGGGGUGAAAGUUCACAGGGGCUGGUUUGAAAUCUAUACUUCGGAUGAUCCCAAGUCGCCAUUCAAUAAGAGCAGCGCCAGAGACCAGGUUUUUGCUGAAUUGAAGCAGCUGCUUGAGGUUUUUAAAUAUGAGAGGCAUGAAUUGAGCAUAACUCUUACUGGGCAUAGCCUGGGGGCUGCUCUGGCGACGCUCUGUGGAUUCGAUAUUGUUAUAAAUGGGUUGAAUCGAUUGAAUGAUGGAGGAUCGCCCAUUCCUGUGACUGUCAUUGCCUUCGCCAGCCCAAAGGUGGGGAAUUCUGAAUUCAAGCAGAGCGUGGUGAAAUUGCUUCCAGAGCUUAAAAUACUGAGAGUUAAGAAUUCCCCUGAUUUGGUACCGCUUUAUCCCGUGGUUGGGUAUGAGGAUGUGGGUGUGGAGAUUAAAACCAAUACGGGCGAUUCGCCCUUCCUUAAGGAUUCUGGCAAUGCCAGUAACUGGCAUAACCUGGACGCGUAUUUGCAUGCUGCGGCGGGGAUGCAGGGGAAGGGGGACUUUAAGCUGGUGGUGGAUCGAGAUGUUGCUUUGGUGAACAAGCAUCUGGAUUGGUUGAAGGAGGAAGAGUUAGUUCCUGGGUCAUGGUGGAUUGAGAAGAAUAAGGGGAUGGUGCAGAGCCUCGACCGCCAUUGGCGCAUGGAAUCACUUGCAGACCAAGAUAUUCCCCGCCCUGAAGAUGCUCUCGACUAAUGCAUCAAAUAGUUUUUAUUUUCUUAUUUAUGUUAAUAGAUAUUUUUAUUUAUUUAUUCUUAGAGGAGAAGUCACAAAUUCAAACUUCAAGGGUGGUUCCCUAUUGUCAUAAACCUCUUAGUCCCAUAUACACAUUGUCUCACAUUUAAACUCUAUAAGAAUAUUUCUUCUUUUUAUUUUUCCCAAGUUUUUA